AAAAGAGCCCUUCCUCAUCCUCAACGGCAUUCGCCCUCCGUCAAAGACUGCAUCAGCCAUACUCAGCAAUAACACCACGGACGCAAACUCAUCACCAACCCGUCAUUCGUCCCCUCCUUUACUUCAUACCGCCCCAGGACCCUUCUACCUGCUCUGCUAAUCAUUCGCAAUUCUCACCAUGGAGUUCUCUCGAAAGCUGUUCUCAAGCCUCGCACGCAGCCAGUCCGCAGACUCAAGUCGUGUGGUAGAAGACGCAAAGGCUUUUUCGGACGAGUCUUUGGCAGUACUGAGGACAAACAUCUCCAAUCCAAACAUGUCAACGUCUGCAAUGAAAGAGAAUAUGCUGCGGCUCAUAUACGGAGAAAUGAUGGGCCAAGACGUGCAGUUUGGUGCAAUCUACGCGCUAAAGCUCGCACAGAGCGGCCAAACCGUAGCGGAGAAACGCGCUGGCUAUUUGACCUGUUAUCUGCUCUUACAAGAAGGCAACGAGCUCAACAUCAUGCUUGUGAAUACGCUGCAAAAGGACCUGAUAAGCAGCAACUUUCACCAUGUGGUGGUGGCGCUCGUGACGCUGUGCAACAUGACAUUGCCAGAUGUGAUCCCAUCUAUGGUCGGCCACGUCCUCACAGCCCUGUCCCAUGCACACGAGUCCGUUCGGAAGAGGGCACUGAUUGCCCUCAGGAAUUUUUAUACACAAGACCCGGACCUGAUCGCGCCUUAUCUCGAUCAGAUUAAAAUGUUGCUCUACGACUCUGAGCCGAGCGUCAUGUCUGCAGCACUCGGCCUCUUUGCCGUAGCUGUGCAGGGCCAUGCCAAGGAGAUGAAGGGUUUGAUCCCAGUGCUGAUUAAGAUCUUGCAGCAGGUCGUGGACGGUAAGUUGCCCAAGGGGUACUCGUAUCAUGGUACGGCAGCACCCUGGAUUCAGAUCCGAUGCCUUCAGAUUAUGGCCCGACUCGGCCACCAAGAUCUCAGUGCAAGCAAGACAAUGACGCCAGUCGUCAUGGCAGCAUUCCAUAAGGCUAGACAGGGCGUAGACGCUGCCUUUGCUAUCCUGUUCGAGGUGAUUCGCACACUCAAUAUCUUCCAUCAGGCCAUCAUCCUGGAACUCUGUCAAUACAAGGAUGUGAGCCGGAACCCGCUCCUGAUCAUCCCAAAGUUCGCGACGUCCUCAAAUCAGAAUCUCAAGUACCUGGGUGUCUCUAUGCUCUGUCAGGUUCAGCCUAGUGCCUGGUCGGACACCUGGUGGAACGAAGACUUACUCUCGGGCGUCGUGCAGGCUUUGGAGAGUAAGGAUACAACCAUUCAACGACGCGCCUUGGACCUUUUGUAUAGGAUGUUGACGAUCGACAACUCUGAAAAUAUUAUCGAUCGGCUUGUAUAUGCGUUCUAUCAGGAGCAGGAUCAAACAGAGAGGGGGGAUGACGGCGCACAUGACAGGUCCUUGGUGUCCUCGAAAGACUAUGUACCCAGUCGGAGAGAGAAGAUCUUGGGACAAAUCCUUGAUGCAUCCGAGAGAUUUGGCAAAUCGGAAGAGUGGUACUUGGAGUUGAUAUAUGACCUCUUGGACCGCGGCGGGAACGUUUUGACAAUGCAGAAGCUCGAAGGGGUCAUGCGAGUCUUUGAGCAAGGCGCAAGGAGCCCAGCGUUUAAUACGACACAUCUGCGAGUGGUGGCAGUGCGCAAGACGAUGCAAAUCCUAACUCUCAGAGAGAGUGUCCUCACCGCUCGAAACAAAGAAACCUCACAGCCCACGCUCGCGUACUUUGCACUUUGGGUGCUGGGUGAAUAUGGGGACGAUGCCGAUGAUUGGAAAUUGUCGACUAUCGUGGAAGCACUUGUCCGAUGUCUCCUUGUCAACCGAGAUCCGCUAAUCCAAGGGUUCAUCCUCACGGCUCUGACCAAGGCUGCGCUCAAGUCAGUACCAAACACCAUCCCCAAAAGUGUUGCGGCGGUCGUGCGCAAUCAGAUCCUUCGCCAAACCUCUGUAUCUCAAUCCAACUCGUUAUUCCUUCACGACAGUCAGUGUUAUCCUCCUAUUUCCUCUAAGCUGGAAAUGGAACAACGGGCACAGGAGUUUUUGAUGAUUGCAGAGCUCGUCUCUUGAAACCCAAUGUCAUUAUGUCUACAAUAAAUGGCUCCUU